UUUGCAUUUCUCCGCCCGGCCACGUGGCGGCCGGUGCAAGCCUCUCGCCGCCGCUACCCGGACACCCUGGCCCUGCUGCCCCGGCACACACCCCAGGGCUGCUCCUGCCCCCGAGGUUUCUCAGGGCUCCGGCUCGUGCCCGCUCUGCGUACCCGAGUCCGGCGGGACUCCACCCCUGCGGGUCCCCGGCCCUACGCCCUCCCCUACAGUAACGCCGGGCGUCUCCUCCCCGCCCCCUCGGCCUGUCCGGGAGGGGAAGGGGGCGGGCAGCGCAGGGGGUGUGACAGCUCCCGCCCGGACCAGUGCCAGCUGCAGCCUCGCUUCAGUGCCCCGUGCCAGCUGGCUCUUUCGACUGGGACGGAGGCGAAGGCUCGGGGCUCCUUGUCGCUGGGGGAGGGGGGACUUCCCCCAACGCCCCCAGCCCUCUACCCACCCAAGAGGAGCCUCUCCACCCAGCUCUGCCUCUGGCUGCUCUGGCAGCCGGGCUAGCUGGAAAUUGGCUCUGGUCACUGCGCCUGGGACUUAGAAGCCCUCACCCCUCCAGGAUCCCUCUAUUGGAGCUGACGGGGCUCGCCGGGGGUCCCCUCAGCCUUUUGCUAGAGCCUGCAUGGUUGGGCGAGCUUGAGAAGGAACAUGAAGGUGGGCUGGCCAGGUGAGAGCCGCUGGCAGGUGGGCCUGACUGUGGAGGACAGCCCAGCUCUGGGAGCGCCACAGGUGGGAGGCCUUCCGGACGUGGUGCCAGAGGGGACCCUGCUCAACAUGGUGCUGAGGAGGAUGCACAGGCCCCGAAGCUGCUCCUACCAGCUGCUCCUGGAGCACCAGCGCCCCAGCCGCAUUCAGGGGCUUCGCUGGGUGGGGGUGAGAGUCAUGCAUGAAAUACUGGAGGCCAAGUCAAGUGGGGGUGAGACGCCUCUCACCAACAGCGAGGAGUCCCUGGAUUUCAGUGUGAGCCUGGAGCAGGCGUCCACAGAGCGGGUGCUCAGGGCUGGGAAGCAACUGCAUCGACAUCUCCUGGCCACCUGCCCGAACCUCAUCCGAGACCGAAAGUACCAUCUUAGGCUCUAUCGGCAGUGCUGCUCCGGCCGGGAGCUGGUGGAUGGGAUCUUGGCCCUAGGGCUCGGGGUCCAUUCCCGGAGCCAAGCCGUGGGAAUCUGCCAGGUGCUGCUGGAUGAAAGUGCCCUCUGCCAUGUGAAACACGACUGGACCUUCCAGGACCGAGACACCCAAUUCUACCGCUUCCCUGGGCCAGAGCCGGAGCCAGUGGGAGUCCACGAGCUAGAGGAGGAGCUGGUCGAGGCCAUGGCCCUGCUCUCCCAGCGGGGGCCUGAUGCCCUGCUCACAGUGGCACUGCGAAAGUCCCCGGGGCAGCGCACAGACGAGGAGCUGGACCUCAUCUUUGAGGAGCUGCUACACAUCAAGGCUGUGGCCCACCUUUCCAACUCGGUGAAGCGGGAAUUAGCGGCUGUUCUUCUCUUUGAACCACACAGCAAGGCGGGGACUGUGUUGUUCAGCCAGGGGGACAAGGGCACCUCGUGGUACAUUGUCUGGAAAGGAUCUGUCAACGUGGUGACUCAUGGCAAGGGGCUGGUGACCACACUGCACGAGGGAGAUGACUUUGGACAGUUGGCUCUGGUGAACGAUGCACCCCGGGCGGCCACCAUCGUCCUGCGAGAAGACAACUGUCAUUUCCUCCGUGUGGACAAGCAGGACUUCAACCGUAUCAUCAAGGAUGUGGAAGCAAAGACCAUGAGGCUGGAAGAACAUGGCAAAGUGGUGUUGGUGCUGGAGAGAACCUCUCAGGGUGCUGGCUCUUCUUGCCCCCCAACCCCAGGCAGGAACCGGUACACGGUGAUGUCUGGCACCCCAGAGAAGAUCCUGGAGCUGCUGCUAGAGGCCAUGCGGCCUGACUCCAGUGCUCAUGACCCAACAGAGACAUUCCUCAGCGACUUCCUCCUGACCCACAGCGUCUUCAUGCCCAGCACCCAGCUCUGUGCUGCCCUCUUGCACCACUUUCACGUGGAGCCCGCAGGAGGCAGUGAGCAGGAGCGCAGCACCUACAUCUGCAACAAGAGGCAGCAGAUCCUGAGGCUGGUCAGCCAGUGGGUGGCCCUGUAUGGCCCCAUGCUCCACACUGACCCUGUGGCCAGCAGCUUUCUUCAGAAACUCUCAGACCUGGUGAGCAGGGAUGCCCGGCUUAGCAACCUGCUGCGGGAGCAGUGGCCAGAGAGGCGGCGACACCACAGGUUGGAAAAUGGCUGUGGGAAUACAUCUCCUCAGAUGAAGGCCCGGAACAUGCCUGCUUGGCUCCCCAGCCAGGACGAGCCCCUCCCCAGCAGCAACUGUGCCAUCCGAGUUGGGGACAAAGUCUCCUAUGACAUCUGCCGGCCGGACCACUCAGUGCUGACCCUGCAGCUGCCUGUCAUGGCCUCAGUGAGAGAAGUGAUGGCAGCAUUGGCCAAGGAGGACAGCUGGACCAAAGGGCAGGUGCUGGUGAAGGUCAACUCUGCAGGUGAUGCCAUUGGCCUUCAGCCAGAUGCCCGUGGUGUUGCCACAUCCUUGGGGCUCAACGAGCGGCUCUUUGUUGUCAACCCACAGGAAGUACAUGAGCUGACACCACAUCCAGAGCAGCUGGGGCCCACUGUUGGCUCAGCCGAGGGGCUAGACCUGGUGAGUGCCAAGGACCUGGCAGGCCAGCUAACGGACCAUGACUGGAACCUCUUCAACAGUAUCCACCAGGUGGAGCUGAUCCACUAUGUGCUGGGCCCCCAGCAUCUGCGAGAUGUCACUACUGCCAACCUGGAGCGCUUCAUGCGCCGCUUCAAUGAGCUGCAGUACUGGGUGGCCACGGAGCUUUGCCUCUGCGCUGUGCCUGGCCCACGGGCCCAGCUACUCAGGAAGUUCAUUAAGCUGGCGGCUCACCUCAAGGAACAAAAGAACCUUAAUUCCUUCUUUGCUGUCAUGUUUGGCCUCAGCAACUCGGCCAUCAGCCGCCUGGCGCGCACCUGGGAGCGGCUGCCCCACAAAGUCCGGAAGCUGUACUCGGCCCUUGAGAGGCUGCUGGACCCUUCAUGGAACCACCGAGUCUAUCGACUGGCCCUCACCAAGCUCUCCCCGCCUGUCAUCCCCUUCAUGCCCCUUCUUCUCAAAGACAUGACCUUCAUCCAUGAAGGAAACCAUACCCUGGUGGAGAAUCUCAUCAACUUUGAGAAGAUGAGAAUGAUGGCCAGGGCUGUGCGGAUGCUGCACCACUGUCGAAGCCACAGCAAUGUGCCUCUCUCACCGCUCAGAAGCCGAGUCUCCCACCUCCAUGAGGACAGCCAGGCGGUGAGGAUUUCCACAUGCUCGGAGCAGUCCCUGAGCACCCGGAGUCCAGCCAGCACCUGGGCUUAUGUCCAGCAGCUGAAGGUCAUCGACAACCAGCGGGAACUGUCCCGCCUCUCCCGGGAGCUGGAGCCGUGAGGAGUGGGCUGAGGCUGGAGCAGGCACUUCCUGUUGGCAAAGUCGUGGCACGCCCGGGCCAAGGGGCCCGCAGGCUGGCCACAGCUGGGCAGGGCUCUCCGCGGAGUGGACCUGAGGCCCUGGACUGGGCAGCAUGGAGGCAGCCGUCCCUUGUGAUGAUUGGCCACCAAGGAGGACCUCUGAGUGGAAUGAUCCGGGGCCCAAGGCCAAGGAAUGGGGGACAGAGAGGCCCUGGAGUGGGUGGGAGAGCGGAGCAGGCGCUGGGACUCUGUUCAAUAGAGAGCUCUCCACACCAGGUUUUUUCCAGAUUCUGUGCCUUAUGGCUUUGUUGUCCAUCCA